UUGUAGAAUCAGCUGGUUAUCCAUGACAUUCUAUUAAAUAAGUAAUUAAAAUCACUCAGUUCUAUUUGAUUAACAGAUAAGUGCAGCACAAAUUUUGUAAAGCAAGACUAAAGAGACAGAUACUCAUGCAAAGCAAGCAUAAAUUAUAAACAACAAAGUAAAGCAAAAUCAUGAAAGACAGCAAGAAUUUUCCAGAGCUAAAGAAUGACAAUGUACUGAGAGCGGCACGUGGAGAACCCGUUGAUCGAGUACCAGUGUGGGUAAUGAGACAAGCCGGUCGUUACCUGCCCGAAUUUCAAGAAGUACGCAAGCAACAUGAUUUCUUCACCGUUUGCCGUACACCGGAAUUAGCAUGUGAAGUUACUAUGCAACCACUAAGACGAUUCGACUUAGAUGCCUCCAUUAUAUUCUCAGAUAUUUUGGUUAUACCACAAGCAUUCGGAAUGACUGUGGAAAUGCAUCCAGGAGUGGGUCCUGUUUUUCCUGAACCUUUGAAAACACCUGCCGAUCUGGCGAAGCUUACACCCGACGGAGCUGUGGACCGCCUAAAAUAUGUGGGCGAAGCGCUUACUAUGAUGAGGCAUAUGUUGGAGGGUAGAGUUCCUUUAUUGGGUUUCACAGGAGCUCCUUGGACAUUAAUGGGCUACAUGAUCGAAGGAGGCGGCAGCAAAACAAUGUCCAAAGCUAAAGCUUGGUUAAGUGACUACACAGAGGAUGCCAAAAAGUUAUUGGCUAUGCUUACAUCAGCUAUUGUUGAUUAUCUGGAAAUGCAAGUUAAGUCUGGAGCCCAAAUGCUACAAGUAUUUGAGUCUUCAGCAGAGCAUUUAACCAAAGACGAUUUUAUGAAAUGGUCUAUGCCCUAUUUAAAGGAAAUCAAUGACAAAUUGAAGCAACGUCUAAUAGAACAAAAUAUUCCUUUAGUUCCUAUGACAAUAUUUGCCAAAGGUGCUGGCCAUUCUCUGGCAGAACAGGCCACAUUAGGCUAUGAAGUCAUUAGCUUGGAUUGGACGGUUGACCCCUUGGAAGCACGAAAACAGGUGGGACCCAACAUUACUCUGCAAGGUAAUUUGGAUCCUCAAGAUUUAUACAAAACACCCGAGGAAGUCAGGGAAUUGGCUACCGCCAUGGUUCGUAAAUUUGGAAAAUCUCGUUAUAUAGCGAAUUUGGGUCAUGGCAUAACACCACAAACACCAAUCGUUAGCAUGGAAGUGUUGGUAGAUGCAGUUCACAAGGCCUUGUAGAUUAAGAGAUAUAUAUUUUUAUAUAUAAAAUAAAUUCAAUUGGUAUUUGGUUAUUGUAAUACGAAA